AUGAAAUACCCGCUACAAGAGCCCCGUGAACGCACUCCACUCCUCUUCCAAACGACCCUCCCCCAAUCACUAUCACCCUCAUGGCUUACUCGUACUACCAGAGAAACCUCCCUGGAUGGGGCACGCAGCAGUUCCGCUUCGGACGUCCGCCUGAGCCCCUCUUUCGUCCUCUCGAAGGCUGGACUGGAAUGGACUAUUAUCGAGCUCAUGCUGGAGAGGCUGAUCCCGGGUGUGGCGAUGGGCGUAGAAAUGCACGAAGCGAGGUACUGGCACCGUCUUGCGUACGGAGGCAUCGGCCAAGUUGUUCAGAUGACGCCUACCGAGAUCGGGCAUGCCGCCGGAUACGAAGCGUAUCGACAAUUUAUUCAUCAUGCCCCGAUAUACGAGUCUGUAAACAGAGGCUAUACGAGGCAAAGAGAGGCUUUGACUGGACUAGCCGUCGCGGAAGUCCAGCGUCUCUGGCGAGAGACCGGCCGAGGGCCAGACCCAUAUGGGCUUCAGGCAGCGUCGGAAGCAGCAGCAGGGACUGCAUGCCGGAUCUUCGACAGUCAUGUGGACUCCGGUUCCGUUGGCUCGGAUUAUUCUCGCGGGCGCCGCAACUCGUUUGGCGCACCCUAUGCCGACCCCCUCGAUACCGCUUACGCGGACGAUGAUUCUAUGUUUGCUCGACGCCGACCUUUGCAGGGCUCGAGCGCAGUGAUGCCGAUGCCGAUGCCGAUACCGAUGCCCAUCGCCGCCAGCGGUGCCUCGCCAUAUGCUGGACAAUCGACGCUGGGCGGAGGAUAUUCUUCAUCAUUGCCAUCGUCAGUCUAUGGUGGUGCAUCCCCUUACAAUCGAGCGUCCUCAGUGAUACCCAGCUCGCCGUAUGCAGGAGGCGCAUCCACGGGGUAUCCUGGCGGAGGCUCCAUGGCGCCUAAUACGACCAACAUUUACCUUGGCACCCCUUACAGAGGUCGUUCACCGGGUCCAGGUUAUAAUUCUGCGCCACGAUAUAACGUCGCGGGAGGACCUUACUACCCUGGUGAUAACGGGACCCCCGCGUAUGGGAUGGGUUAUGGCGGAGGGAUCGGUACGAGCAAUAUGGGUUAUGCGCCUGGCGGUGGGCCUAUGAGUUAUGGGGCGGGAUGGAGCGGGAUGGGCUAUGGUACAGGAGCUGCUGGAAUCGGAUAUGGGAAUGGAGUCGGCGGAAUCGGAUAUGUCAUCGACACGGACAUGGGCACCACCACCAUGGACUGCUGCAUCGAAGGCAUCACAGCCUAG